UGAAUAAUAUCCUAAUCUAUGCGGCGGGCGGUCCGCGGCUCGCGCCGCCAUUCUGGAUAUUUUGACGGGAAGGUCGGUCACGUGACUCGGCGGCGGGCGCGGGCGCGGGUCGCGGGGCGCCGGCUAGACUCUCCAGUAGCCGAGCCAUCCGUCUGCUGCUUUGACUGCGGCCGGUCGCCGGAAUCCACGCCCCAGUCUCACGCGUCCGCAUCUAUUACGUACCAUUUUGACCCGAUGCCACCCGAUAUUUUGAAACACAGGUUGCUGACAAUGUAUAGAUCUUGUGUCUGCAAAGUGUGUAAUAUACGUUUUUAGUAAAAAGUGCAUUAAUUUUGUGAAAAAUUGAGGUUAUUUGCGUAUUUUUUGCACGGGUGUGCGUGCGGCGACGGGGCGGAGACGCCGGCGGCUAGAAGCGCGCGUUCGGCCGGGCCGUCGCGACGGCACACUCGGCUCGGCAGACAUGUUUCGGUCGCGACCGGAGCGCGUCGUGCGUGCCGGCGCGUAGGCUCGCUCGUGACAUGCGCCUGCCGAGCCGCAGAGACAGUGGGGGUGAUCGAACAUGGAUGUAGUGACGCCGCACAUCACCUCCGUGCUGAAGACAUACCAGGCGAGCGCGCCGCGCAGCCUGCAGGGCCCGGGCUGCGGGCGCACAGAGCCCUGCGGCGACGCUCCGCCGCCGCCGCCGCCGCCCGCCGCGCCGCCGAUCCUGCUCGCGCCCGACACCGUGCUGGGCGAGCGCGGCGAGACGCUGCUGGAGGGAGAACCCAUCUCGUGCUUCAGCGUCGGCGGCGAGCGGCGGCUGUGCCUGCCGCAGAUACUGACCUCGGUGUUGACGGACUUCACGUUAGAGCAGAUCAACCGCGUGUGCGACGAGCUGCAGAUCUACUGCUCGCGGUGCACUCCGGAGCAGCUGCACGAGCUGAAGUCGACGGGCGUGCUGCCGAAGUCGGCCCCGUCGUGCGGACUCAUCACGCAGACGGACGCGGAGCGGCUGUGCGCGGCGCUGCUGCACGCGCCGGCCGCGUCGCGCCCACACAAGCUGCCGGGCUUCCGGGUCUACCACGAGUGUUUCGGCGGCGCGCGGGGCGUCUGCGCCGUCGACCUGAACCUAGUGCAGUGUUUGGAGUGCCGCUCGCUGUACACGCCGCGCCGCUUCGUGUGCCACUCGCACGAGUCGGAGCACCGCACGUGCCACUGGGGCUUCGACUCGUCGCGGUGGCGCCGCUUCCUGCUGGUGGCCGAGGAGGAGCAGGACAAAGACAAGUGCAAUGCGUUGCUGGACGAGCUCGCCGCGCGAGACACCCCGGCGACCGCGCCGCCCGUCGCGCUCAAGCAGCAGCUGCCCUUGAAACGAAAACAGGUGGUGGAAACAGUUGUAUGUAAGCCAGAGCCGCCGGAGUCGCCGCCGAAGAAGCUGCGCAGCGAGGACUACACGACGUACGCGCUGCUGCUGGACCCGUACGCGCUGCCGUAUCGCGCGCUGUCCGCCUUCCGGCCGUGGGACAAGCGCGAGCCCGUGUUGCAGCAUCCCGAGCGCGUGGUGCGCGUGGCCGACUGCACGUCGUUCGAGCGCGACUACCAGCCCAACGUGGCGCUCAAGCCGCUCACGCCGCCCGUGGACGACGUGACGUCGUCGACGUCGCCGCCGCCGCACAGCGAGGCGGAGCUGGCGGCGCGCCUGCUGGACGCGGAGGCGCGCCUGGCGGAGCGCGCGCGGCGCCUGGACGAGCGCGAGGCGGAGCUGGCGCGGCGCGAGGCGCGGCUGGACGCGCGCGAGGCCGCCGUGGCCCGCCGCGAGCUGGACGCGCGCCCGCCGCCCGCGCCCGCGCCGCCGCCCUGUUGA